ACACAAUUAUGGUAACUUACGUGUAAAAGUGAAACGUAAAUGUUUACGGAAGUUGUCUUAAUUUACAUAAUUUCUUGUAAAGAUAGGAGAAAUUUGUCUGUCAAUUUGUGUGUUGGAUUUUAAUUGGGAACAUGUAGGAAAUUAAUAAGUUAUGGGCACUUGUCUGAGUUUAGAUCAAGAGGAACUGAAGGCUCGAGCCCGGAGUGCUGAAAUAGAUAGACGGAUCCAGACAUGGGCUAAAGAGGAAGGGAACACUAUAAAAAUUCUGCUUUUAGGUGCAGCAGAAAGUGGGAAGAGCACCUUGGUCAAACAGAUGAAAAUAAUCCAUAAUGAGGGAUUCACAUUUGAUGAACUUCUUGCAUUCAAGCCUGCAGUGUUGGAUAAUCUAGUCAGUUCUAUGAAGUAUGUUCUCACUGGUAUGGGCCUCCUCAGAGUCAACCUGGAAAAUCCAAAAAAUAGGAUUCACGCCCAGGUGAUCCUCACUUGUAACAACAGUUUUGACCACAACAAGAACAUGUUACCGGAUGUGAGUCGAGCCUUGAAGUCCCUGUGGCAUGACAAGGGGGUAAGGACUGCUGUGGCAAGAGGCUACGAGUAUGAACUGAAUGACUCGGCAAUUUAUUACUUUGAGAACAUGGAAAGAAUAUGUUCACCAAAAUUUAUACCUUCAGCUCGGGAUGUGUUACGGGCACGGGUUCGUACUACUGGAGUCAUUGAAACUUGCUUCCAGAUGAAAGGAUGCGUAUUCAGAUUGUUUGAUGUAGGAGGUCAAAGGUCAGAGAGACGGAAGUGGAUUCAAUGUUUUGAUGAUGUAAAGUCUGUAUUGUACGUCUCUGCACUCAGUGCAUAUGAUAUGUGCUUGCUGGAAGAUGCUUCUGUGAAUCGUCUGCAAGAGAGUUUAAAAUUAUUUCGGGGUAUUUGCAAUAAUCGUUUCUUCUAUAAAUCAUCCAUGAUUUUGUUCCUAAACAAGGUUGACCUGUUUCAAGAUAAAAUAAGGUUUUCAGGAAGACAUCUCAGAUAUUUCUUCCCAGACUUUACAGGUGCCGACAAGGACGUUGACAGUGCAGCGCGGUUUAUUCAACGUAUGUUUCAGGAACAAAGUCUUCUCCCUGGGAAAGUCAUCUAUCCACACUUCACCACUGCCACAGACACUAGCAAUAUACAAGUUGUGUUCCAAGUUGUCAUGGACACUAUUCUCAGAGAAAAUCUGAGGUCAGCAUCUAUAUUAUGAUAGUUACCAUGGUUACCUGACAUCCACAGCUCAUAGUCAUGCAUCAGAUCUCAUAUGCAGUUAUGUAUACACAUACAUAAUUAUAUUUCUGAAGAAAUGAGAAUCAGGUUAACAAGCAUUCAAUACUAAUUACCAUAACAACCAUUUAUUUAUUUUUCAAAAAUGUAAAUCUUAAUCAAUCCAUUUCUGAUAGCUUUCUUUCCAUAUUUUUUUCUGAAAAAGUAAAUUUUUUGAAAGUGAAUAGAUGCAAAUUAAUACAUUCCAGAUGUCACUUUUGCAAUUGCAACAAGUUUUGCAACCAUAUAAAAAAAUUAUUUUUUGAGUGUUUUGAAGAAGAAAAUAUGUAUAUUUCUGUCAUGGUUUUUAUUUCAAAUAUAAAGAUUUAAAUAAUAAGUGCUUGAUAUAUUUUUAUGUAGGGAUUUUGAAAUGAAAUAUUUCUAUUAUUUGUGAUAUGUGCCACUGCUAAUGUCACAUUAAAUUAGUUAUAGAAAAUGACAAAUGUAUAUUCCAUCUUCUUAUUUCAAUUGUAUAAGACAGGAAUCACCAUUUUUUGAUAUCAUAAUGUAAAAAUUAGUGAAAUUUUCAAAUUUAGACAUUUACCUUAAAGUCUAUUAUUUUUUUACUUAUUUUGAAUAUUUUCAAUUCCAGACUUUAUGAUUAAAAAAAUCAUAGACUGCUAUUACAGUAUUAAAUAGCUUCUUUUAGCUUGUAUCUAUAUGUUUAAUAUUCUUAAGUAAAUAUGUUUGAACAUUCUUACUCUCACUGAUUAUCUAGAUUUGUUGAGAAAUGAAAUUUUCACAAAGAACAAUUUU